CUCACUGCACUGCAAAAAUGUAUUUCUUACUUAGUAUUUUUGUCUUGUUUUCAGUAAAAAAAAAAAUAUCUAAAAAACAUCUUGAAUAUUUUCUUGAGCAAAAUUACCUAGGAAAAUAAGCAAAAAAAUCUGCCAGUGAUGUGCAUUGAUUGGUGUAAUAUUCCUCAUCUUAUGAUUUCAGAUGGUCUGCAAUGCUGACUGUGUGAUCAGCAAUGUUGUGGCAAAAUGGCCUGGCUCAGUCCAUGACUCCAGAAUCUUUCGGGCCUCUGAAAUCUAUCAGUGCCUAUCACAAGGUGAAUUCUCUGGUGUGUUGCUGGGAGACAGGGGGUAUGGCUGCCAGCCUUUUCUCCUGACACCUUUCACAGACCCCCAGGAAGCACAGCAGGCCUACAACCAUGCCCAUGCCAGGACCAGGGCCAGAGUUGAAAUGACCUUUGGCCUCCUGAAGGCACGCUUUCACUGCCUUCACAAAUUAAGGGUCAGCCCUGUUAGGGCAUGUGAUAUUACUGUGGCUUGUGCUGUCCUCCACAAUGUGGCCUGCCUGAGGAAGGAGAGGGCCCCCAGAGUGCCACCAGCCAUGGACUGGGACAAUCCGGCAAUCUUCCCUGAUGACGACAGUGGUCGGCUGCUGAGGGACCAAUAUGUGUUGAAUUAUUUUAGUUAGUAUGUGUGCUUUCAAUUUUGGUUAAAUAUGUCCUGCGGUGGCAGAGGAAUUUGUUUUUUUUUUGGGUUCGUUUUUUACGAAUUUGGCCUCUUAUGAUGUUUGUGCGGUAUACUGUGUGUAAUACAAGGCUGCAGGGAGGCUACUGCAUCCAUUCAUUUGUCUGUUCAGUUGAUGUGUAUGGAUUUGUCCUGCAUUUAUUUUAGUGUGCAGACAUGCAGGGUGUGUUAUAUACAGACCUUUGAAUGUGUAUGUAUCAUUUUGUAUAAUAUGCUUGGAUUCUGUGCUUUCCAUCUUGUAGAGUCACUGUGACUUCAGUUUCGAAAGGAGCUGAUGGUUUACCUGCUUUGUUUUGUCCUUAUUCAAUAAAGGAACAUAAUGUUACACAUUGUGUUUUUAUAUUCAUAUGGAAUGUGUAUUUGUUUAUAUGACAGAGUACUAGGGCCACACUGAAGAAAAAGGAUAAAGUCAUAAAUUUAUGAGGCUGGUUCUUUCUGCAGAAAAGCUACAUAUUGUUUUUACAGUUUUGAUACUUAUGACAAUGUGAUACUUAAUAUUCUGGCACAUCAGCAUGUCUUUGUUUAUGAAACCAUACUGAAGUACAAUUUCACGAAAUGCCCCGCAUCUGUCAUUUUAACAACUGUCCUCCUUUAAAACAACUGGUUACAAUAUUAUGACUUGUCUUUUUUUUCCCUCUGUGGCCCUAAUAUUCUAUCAUUUUAUAUAUAGUCUAUGGGAAACUGUAAAUUAUCUAAUGAUAGCAACAUCUAAAAAUCAUUUUUUAUCCAAAAUCAUUGAAAUUAAUGAUCACAAACGUUUAAAUAAUGACAGUGGGUCUAGUUAUAUGUGAUAACAAUGUAUAGUGAGCAGUGAAAUAACUAUUGGUUUCCAUUUGUGGUGACUGCUGACUGACAUUAGGGAUGAGAUUAAAUAGAUCCUGGAAUUUAGCCUGGUCUGGAGCAGGCUAGCUCCACAGAAUAAAUCUCCAUGGUAAUUUAUACCAUAACAUAUCCUCCUGCCCCCUAUCCAUCUUUAGUGCAACCGGAUUACGGAUCAAUUGAGCCAGGAUCACCAAGAUAUCCUGGCUUAAUCCCUUAUCCUAGUUUUGUGCAACAGGCCCCUGGAGGGGUUUAUCGUUGUC